GGGCCAAGCACGCUGAAAUAGGCUUUGACUUUUUGAAGUCAAACUGCUUAUAAGUUCUUAUUAAGCUUUACUCUCUCUCUAGAGAUAGAGAGAGAAUGGGUUCUUCUAAGGAUCAAUUGCCGCCAUAUCCAAACGCAGCUCGAAUCUCCGAUUCUCAAUGCUACCCUCAGUACACCGCUUCUCUCAAAUGUUUGGAAGAAUUUAGCUCCGACAAAAGCAAGUGUCAAGAACAUUUUGAUGUCUACAAAGAAUGCAAGAAAAAGGAGAGGGAGGCUCGUUUGGAGCGCAAUAAAAGUCGAUCGUUGUUCUCAUGAAACCUUGCGAUGAAAGACUUACUAACAACUCAUAUGCGUAGGAGGUCUAAUGCACUACAUCCUCAACCGAUAGCACCCUUUCAAAAUCGAGCAUUUGAACAAAUCUUUAUGUAUUACGUUAUCCGUUCAAACAAACUAAAAAAGUGCCUCUUUUAUACGUAAGGCUAGAUUCGGCUUUAUUGUUCUACAGAAAUCUGCCCAUAUUUGUAUUUGGCUCAAUAAAUUGGUUAUGUAUCUUAAUACUGAUAUUGGUCUCAUUUGGUUUGGUUUGGUUUAUUUCAGUAAUCAAUGCACGAUCUAAUAAAUAUUGAGUGCGUUUUCUUCA